UCUCCAAAUUUGAUCUAUCUUUCAGUCACCGAUCGUUCUCGCUGGAACUCGCAUCAUGACCGUAGACGAACCGCAGAUUGUGGCCAUCAGUGUCAGCCACAAGCCACAAGUGGGAUACCUGAAGGAGGAGCCCACCUGGAUCCGUUGUCCUUCGUGUGAGAAGUCUGGAACCAGUUUGGUGCAACUGGAGUUGGUCACUUGCCUGCAGAGAUUUCUGGGAUUCACAAAACUUUGUAAAAAAUGGUCUGGCCGCCAGGACAUCAAUCACUAUUGUUCACACUGCGGUUGCUUCAUUGGAAGAUUUGUGCCUAUCAGCUGCAUGGAACGUUGCAUUUCGAGAUCAGCCCGUAAACAGGCGGCCGUGGAUGAUAUGACCCUAAAGACACGACCCAAGGAUUGCGCUGAAAGGGCCCAGAAAUCCAGGGAGAAAGUUCUGGCCAGCAGGGAGAAGAAGAGAGCAGAGAAAGCAGCCAAGGAUCUGGACAAAUCUCAAACGCAAAUAGCAGUACACCAAUAAAAAAAAGAUUAUUUACAUACUUUUCAACGAA